AUGCAUGAGGAAACUUAUAAUAAUAUCUCAAAGAAGCAGUCAUCCAUGGCGGCCGUACUGCUCAGAUUCAUCGCUAGAAUCGUUAACCGGCCAACAGCAUCAGCCGCUUUCUCGACAAUUGGUGGUGGCGGUUGUACUUGUACGAGCAAGAAGCUAGAAGGCAAAGUAGCCCUCAUAACCGGCGGUGCAAGCGGACUCGGUAAAGCCACCGCCGGCGAGUUUACCCGGAACGGUGCUCGAGUAGUGAUCGCCGAUUCAAAUGCGGAAAGCGGGAUUAAAGCCGCUAAGGAGUUAGGUUCUGUUGCAGAGUUUGUGCGAUGCGACGUUACGGUGGAGGCGGAUGUCGCCGGAGCCGUAGAAAUGACGGUGGAGCGGCAUGGGAAGCUAGACGUGAUGUUUAACAACGCCGGGAUUGUGGGGCCCAUGAAUCCUGCAAGCAUAUCGGAGCUUGAUAUGAAGGAGUUCGAGAAAGUGAUGAGGAUUAACGUUAUUGGCGUAGUCUCCGGCAUUAAACACGCCGCCAAGUUUAUGAUUCCGGCUAGAUCCGGAUGCAUUCUGUGCACUUCAAGCAUGGCAGGUGUGAUCGGAGGGUUGGCCCCACAUUCAUACACAAUCUCAAAAUUCACAAUCCCCGGAAUCGUCAAAUCGGCGGCUAGCGAGCUCUGCGAACACGGCGUGCGUAUCAACUGUAUCUCACCGGGUACGGUGGCGACGCCACUGACUCUCGGUUACCUUCGGAAAGUGUUCCCGUCGGUGACGGAGGAUAAACUCCGGGAGGCAGUAAAAGGGAUGAGUGAGUUAAAAGGAGCCGAGUGCGAAGAAGCUGACGUGGCUAAAGCUGCUCUAUAUCUGGCCUCCGAUGACGGCAAAUACGUUACCGGCCAUAACUUGGUCGUCGACGGCGGCACGACUGCUUUCAAAAUAGCUGCCCGAGAUUCGAAACCUCUAACCUACCCGGAGGUUUCGCUUUCGAUGCUAGAUCUGAUAAUGGUUCUCACACUCGCGGAGCCAUGUGAUUGUGAUCGGCUUAAGCUUAAACAAGCAAAACAAACUUUUAAGAUGGGGUCAUCACAGUCUGCGCAAGUGGGAAACGAAGGAGAAGACGACGAUGAAGAAGAAGAAGAGGAAACCGACGGGGAAGAAGAAGAAGAGGAGGAAGACGACAAUGGCGGAUCGAAUAUAAGAGAGCUGGACAAUCUGCUGGUGAAGAGAGUUCUGGAGCAAGAGCCUGAGAUGUUACCGUGUCACGCUUCGGCUUCGCCGCUUUCCCCGCAGCUAUCAUCUCUCGGAACCCCGCGGAUUGGACCAUCGAUUAAGGUCUGGGAUCCGUACAACGUCCUCUCGCCGCCUCCUCCUCAUACUUCUCUCCUCCCUCCGCCUAUCUUCUCCCGAAUCGCGUCUGGAGACGGAGGUCGUGCCGUGACGGAGGUUUAUCUCAUCAGCCACGGAGAGUGCGACCUUAACCUAAGGCCUGAUCUGGUUGGAGGGAGAUGCCACGUCGCCGCGCUCACCGGCAACGGUGAACGCCAAGCCAGGGCUCUUUCCGUUUUCUUCAAAUCCCAAGGUGUUCGAUUCACGUCCGUCUACUCGUCGCCUCUGGAUCGAGCUAGAUCCAUGGCCGUUUCGGUCUGCCAGGAAAUGAGUUUUCCAGAGGAGCAUGUACAAUCCUCUGAUGCCCUUAUCGAGAUGAGCCUGGGAGAUUGGGAAGGUUGUAACCAGUCAGAGAUUUACAAUCCUGAGACUUUGAGCUUGAUCGAGAGAUGCCAGCCUGAUUUCUCAGCCCCAUCUGGAGAAUCACUCAGGCAAGUAGAAUUCCGAAUGGUCCAGUUCCUAAACGGAACAGUCUCAGGACUUGCAGAGAAGCUCAGGUCAGAUUUUUCCUCCACCACACAUCACAAUGAAUCACAUGAGCGUGAUGGGUUGCUUCACAAGCAUCGUCCUAGCCUUACAAGGAAGAAAUCUGGUAAAAGCAGGCUUCAAGUGAUGACAAAUCACGAGCCUGACGAUGAAGUAUCCCCAGGGGAAGAAGUUAACCAUAAUCACAGUGACCUGAGUGAUUCCUCUUCUGUGAUCUCGAACUGCAUUGGGGUUUUCACGCAUUCUUUGCCGAUAAAGUGUCUUCUUACCGGAGUCCUCGGGUGCAGUCCGGUAAUGACUCACAAGAUCUGUGUAGAGGACUCUUCAGUGACUGUGUUACAGCACUCGUGGAGAAAUGGGUGGCAGAUCAAACGAAUGAAUGAUACUUCUCAUCUUAGAUUGUUGUAG